ACGUUAAAGUGAAAGUUAAAGUUGUUCUCUUUGAAUGGAAACAUGGAGACUGAUCUGAUGAGUUGUUUUUAUCUGUUGCUGUUGAUGGUCAUCUGUGACGGGGUCCAUGUCCAUGGUCUGUCUGGUCCUCUCAUUGUCCAGCUGGGAGGCUCAGUGAUGCUGCCCUGCUUUGUAUAGACUUCUCUACCAAUGCAAGAACUGGAAAUAGAGUGGAAAAGAAAUGACUCUGAAACUCUAGUGCACUUGUGGCAGAAUGGAGAGAGUCAUCCGGAGUCUCAGAACCCGAGUUAUCGUGAAAGAGCUCAUUUCUUCAUUGAGGAGAUCGCUCAGGGAAACUUCUCUCUCUUCCUGACGAACGUGACCCGGGAAGACGCAGGAGUUUAUAAGUGUGCUGUUUACACAAACCAUGACUCCUAUGAAACUCUGAUUGAAAUAAAGGAGAUUGAGCGUUUGAUCGUGUCUGGAGCCCACGUCAUAUCUGCGUAUGCGGGUGAAGAUAUCACUCUGAAUUGCUCUGUAGACUCACAUAUCCCAGCGGAAAAUAUAGAAGAGGUCUCAUGGAGGAAAAUGGAUGGAGAGAUCUUAGUGCUGCUCUAUGAACAUGGUGAGGUCCACACAGACUCGUCCCAUGAGAGAUACAUGGACAGAGUGGAAUUGUUCAGCGCUGAAGAAAGAAACAAAGGAAACUUCUCAUUGAGACUGAAGGAUGUCCGAACUGACGAUAAAGGGCUGUAUACAUGUUCAGCAUUCUCUGGGGCAUUCUCAGAUAACACAACUGUGGAAGUGCAGCAGCUGGGUUUUUCCUCUAUGCAGGUUGGAAUUUUUGUUUUAUGUGUACUGGGAUUUGUAUUUGGAUCACUUAUCCUAGGAUACUUCUCUUAUACAUCUUUUAAAAAUAAUGAUGACAGCAGAAGAGCCCUAGCUAUACAGUGGGGACAUGUUUUUUGUCCUAAUAUUACUAUGGUCAUUGUCUUCAUCCUUUGGGGUGUUACUGAUGGGUUUUUGACAGAAGCAGCAACUUGUUCAGCACUGAACGGUGUUCGGAUCCUUUUUCUACUUUGGAUUGCUCUCCACUUGAAAACAUUUGAAGGUUAUCACCGCCAAUUAAUUAACCGCUUGGCAAUUCAACUACAAUAUGCAGUGAUAACUGUUGUUGUUUAUUCACGUGAGUAUCAAACCAUUACACCAUUACCAUCUGCAGGAUCUUAUUUCACUCUUGUAUAAAGUAAAAAUAUAAGA